AUGGAAAGUAUGGAUGGACGGAGCGUAGAUCAGCGUAUGAGAACACCACCAGCAUCAUAUUCCGGAGGCCAAGCCUCUUCGACAACUGCCCACAACUCAAAUGCGUCCCCAUUUGGGAGCCCGACACCUAAGAGUGUCGCAUUCGAACUCCUUUUCCCCGAAUCGCCCCAAUAUCGAGCGCGCCUACCCAUGCGUGUACAGAUCUUCCCUCAUGAUACUACCGACUCAAUUGUGACAACUGUCAAAAACUUCUAUGGGCUUUACGCUGGCCCGACAGGUGCUAAAGGCGUCAGCUUCGAGGAUGAGCAAGGAAAUACGCUCAUCGCACGUUAUGAAAAUCUCAGAAACAACAUGGUCGUCUACGUUCGAGUCAUUGAUGAGCCAUCUCCUCCUCCAGGAGCGUAUGGCCCGUCACCGUACCACACAGUGUCACCAGUUGUUGCAGAUGCCUACUAUUCCGGUGACGGCCACCAGAUGCCCCCUCCCCAACCAGCCCAGGCGCUUAGCUACGGCCAACCACUCUCGAGGCCGGCUUCAAGAACGUCUCGCAAGCGUAGCGUUUCCCCUAAUGGAGGCCGCGGUCGUCGGAGUGCGUCUGCGAAUACAAAUCCUCCAGCUGUGAAGAAGAGUCGGUCGCGAUCCGGCUUCAAGAGUCGAGGAUCCAGCGCACAUGGCAGCUUUGCAGAUAACCACAGUGACGCCAUGAACGGAUACAGCAGUGGGGAUGGAGCACCCGGCUCUGUCUCUAGCAGGACCAAAAGUGAUCAUAUCGGCAACACCGAGAUCAGUUUAGACAAUAUCGUUGAGGGUGGUAGACGCAAGAGAGCGAAGUUUGAAAGCUCCGAACUGCCAUUAUUUGCUCCUCCGCAGAUGCCUGCUGCAACUUCCAAUUCCUCCGUUUCUCCCGCCCGUCGCGUUGAGCAUCAAAGAUCAUCCUUCCCCUACACAAACCCUUCGCACAACCCGUUCUCCAACCCACAACCGCUACAAUCUCCCCAGAGCUACAGCAAUGGAUUUGGGCAACCUGGCAUGUACUCAACGCCUGCUGCGCAGGGUCGUCGCACUCGAGGUAGUGCUUCCGGUCCUCCGAAUAGACAGUCAAUUGGUGGCGCAUCGAAUGACACCAGCCCCGGAAUACUCCCUACACCAGAUCCAACGGUGGGGAGUUGCGUAUCGGAAGAGGAUAAGGAUGUCGCACUUCAGUUAAUGAGAUUGGGUGAGAUGUCGAACAUCUCCCACGGUCGCACAUCUGCUUCGACGCUUGAUGAUACCUUUAGUGGAAGGGCCGAUGUAGCCUCCUCAACUGGAGCUACCAGCGACAAUGAAAGUGAGAGUGAGAUCGAGCUUCCACCUGCUCGCCGUCAAAAGCGCGAGUCGAGCCCAAUCCUGCCUCCUGGCGCUGUCAAGAAAUUCCGCCAACAUCUCGACGAUAUCCUGCCAAGUCAAGAUAGCACUGAGCCGAGCGGAGACGAAGGUGACUAUGAAGAUGGCCGUGAUGGAACAUUCCGACCUGGUCUUCAGGACGAAAUCAUGGAUGACGCUGAGAACAAUAAAGCAAAGAUGGCUAAGCCCAAGACCGUGUCCACCAUCGUGGGCAAGCUUCGCACAAGCGCGCCCGCCGCUAAGGCUACCAAGUCCAAAGCUAAGACCUCUCGUCCGGCACAGGCAAAAUCCAAGAAGUCUGCUAGCACGCCUGGUAACACCAAACCGAUUUCCCCGACCUCGCUGCCCUCUCAAUCGCGCAAGACUUCCAAUGCAUCCGCCUUGAACUUUCAGCAACAGCUUGCUACCGAUGAGGAGGAUCUCUCUUCUAAGCCUCGCUGCCAACGAUGCCGCAAGAGCAAGAAGGGAUGUGAUCGUCAACGUCCUUGUCAGCGGUGCAAAGAUGCUGGACUCAGCGCAGAUCAAUGCGUCAGUGAAGAUGAAGGAAAUGGUCGCAAGGGGCGGUACGGACGUCACAUGGGCGUUCCUGUCAAGAAGGAUGAGGUCAACACUGAAGCUAGCCUCCCCCCUGAACUGACGGCUGGAGUGCAGGCAAGUCCUGAUAAGAGCAAGAAGAGAAAGCGGUAG